AUGAGCGCCAACGCGAUGCAGACUCCUGGCUCGCCGGUCUCGGUCGUGUCUUUCGCGUGGAGCGACUUCACCAACUGGGUCCCCAAGGCUUCGGAGAACAACACGACGGUUCACCCUGCCAGCGCGACGCCCACUCCUGGCUCGCCGGCCUCGGGCGCGUCUUUCGCGUCGAGCGACUUCACCGACGUGGUCCCCAAGGCUUCGGAGAACAACACGACGGUCCACCCUGCCAACCCGACGCCCACUCCUGGCUCGCCGUUCUCGGGCGCGUCUCUCGCGUCGAGCGACUUCACCGACGUGGCCUCCAGGGCUUCGGAGGACAGCACGUCCGUCGAGGCUUAUAUCGCUAUGUACGCGAAGAUGCACAACAUCCCGAUGCCCAAAGAGCGCAAGCCUUGCCCGGGAUUCACCAUCACUCUCUCGAGGCCUCCGGCAGUCACGGGCGGAGAGACUCCCAGCUCCAGCGGCGAGACCGAUUCGACAAGUCCGGCUUCCAGCGACGACGGCCGCGCCCCCACGGUGAGCGAGCGGAUGACUUGGGUUUCUGAGUGGAGCGACGCCGGCGCUCCAAUCAGGAACCGACGCCGCCGUCCUCCUCCGCGAGGACCCCUAGUGCGCAAGCCGGUGCAGGCGGACAGAGACCGCCAACAGGCCGUCCCGGACACGAUGCGCCUCCUCUCGGACAUUGGAACGCUGCAGGAGCAGUUCGAGGCCGAGCGCGACAUCAACUCGGGCCACCGCAACAACCUGCAGAGCACCGUCAACACCCUCGUCGGCACGGUCACCACACUCGCCGGCAGCGUCAACGCACUCCACAGCACGGUCACCACGCUCCACGGCACGGUCGACACGCUUCACAGCACGGUCGACACGCUGCAGGGCACCCUCGACGCGCUCGUCGCCACUCACGAGGUCUGCUACGCUUUCAACAGGGAACGCAACACUUGCCCCCGCACUUGCAAGCGCCUCCACAUCUGCAACAUCUGCCGUGGUCGGCACCCCGAGACCAAGUGCGAGCAGCCCGGCGCGUCGCGCUGA